AUGAAGGUAUGGAAGUUUGCAGCCAUUGCAUCGAUGCUCCUCAGUUCCAUGUUAUCCAUUUUAGUUUGUAGAGACAUGUUCAACGGAAGCCGGAAAUACAGCCUCUUGCCUUCCUCGCCGUCUUCCUCACGGGCAUCCUCCUCCUCCUCGCUGCCGGCGGCUCCGCGGAGAUCCCCACGGGCCCUGCAACACCACAGCUCGCUGCUCGCCCAGUACAGCGGCUUGCUGGAGAGCUACACGGAAGGGGAGAUCCGGCAGCUGAUCUCGGCACUGGUGGAGCGCUACAGCCAGGCCAUGAACUCGGGUGGCCAUGAGCUGCCCCUUUUCCCCCGGGGGGGCAGCCGGAGGAAGCGCGCCCGCGCUCGCCACAAACCCUGCGCCCUGAAGGAGCUGGAGGUGAGCGUCAGCGAGCUGGGCCUGGGCUACGAGUCAGACGAGACGGUGCUUUUCCGCUACUGCAGCGCCUAUGACGACGACGUCUCCUUCCUGGAUGCCUACAACCGCUACUACACCGUCAAUGAGCUCUCAGCCAAGGAGUGCGGCUGCGUGUGA